AUGUCCUUUCUGAAGGAUCUUGCGCUGGCGACACGGAGACUAAAAGUGCGCGCACUUAGACCCACUAGUCCAAACCGCAUUCGACGCCUUGAGGACGACAUCUUUGAGAUAGACGAGAACGGAAUGGUUGUUGCCACGAUUAAAUGUGUGGUUGUCGGUGACGGUGCAGUUGGCAAGACAUGCUUGUUGAUCUCUUACACCACGAACAAAUUCCCCUCCGAAUAUGUUCCUACAGUCUUCGACAACUAUGCCGUAACGGUGAUGAUCGGGGAUGAACCGUACACACUGGGUCUUUUUGAUACAGCCGGGCAGGAGGAUUACGACCGUCUUCGACCCUUGUCAUAUCCCCAGACCGAUGUCUUCCUUGUUUGCUUUUCCGUCACAUCGCCAGCCUCGUUUGAGAACGUAAGAGAAAAAUGGUUUCCGGAGGUCCACCAUCAUUGUCCUGGAGUUCCCUGUCUUAUUGUCGGCACCCAAACUGAUCUCCGAGAUGAUCCAUCUGUCAGGGAAAAACUGGCAAAGCAGAAAAUGCAACCUGUCCGCAAGGAAGACGGGGAAAGAAUGGCCAAGGAGCUCGGUGCUGUCAAAUACGUCGAGUGCAGCGCCCUGACCCAGUAUAAGCUGAAGGAUGUGUUUGACGAGGCGAUUGUGGCAGCGCUAGAACCCCCCCCAAAAAAGAGCAGCAAGAAGUGCACGAUUUUGUGA